AUGACAAAUUGGACCACAGUAAGGGAAUUCAUAUUGUUGGGGCUGACUGACAACUUUCCCCUUGAAGUUAGCCUUUUUCUCCUCCUGUUCGGAAUUUAUCUUUUGACUUUAAUAGGAAACGCGGUGGUUAUUAUUAUGACACAGGUGAAUGUUCAACUCUGUAGCCCAAUGUAUUUCUUCCUCCGAUAUUUGGCAUGGGUAGAUAUUGGGUAUAUGAGUACUGUAAUUCCCAAAGCACUGGUCAACAUAGCUACUGGGAGUAAGAGCAUCUCUUUAGCUGGUUGCUUCAUACAGAUAUUUCUUUAUUUGGUCCUUGGUACCACUGAAUUCCUCCUACUGGCUGCAAUGUCUGUUGAUCGGUACAUAGCCAUCUGUAACCCUCUUCACUAUCCAACCAUCAUGAAUAACCAAGUUUGCUCAUUAUUGGUAUUUUAUUGCUUGGCAGGGGGGAUCUCACUAAGUCUAGUUGUAUGCAUUCCUUUAUUUCUGAUGCCAUUUUGUGGUCCUAAUGUCAUGAAUCAUUUCUUUUGUGACAAUGGACCUCUAAUGAAACUGGGAUGUGCUGACACCAGCUUUCCAGAAAUGAUUAUUUUUUUGGUUGCCAUAUUCUCUCUGCUUGGGACCUUAAGUGUCAACCUUGUGUCUUACGUCAAAAUCAUUUCCACCAUUCUGCGCAUCCCAUCCACUACAGGGAGGAAGAAAGCCUUCUCCACUUGUGGUUCCCACAUGACUGUAGUUACCAUCGCUUACAGCAGCUGCAUUUUCAUGUACAUCAAGCCGAAAGGCACCAGCGGAUUAGACUACAACAAAAUGGUGGCUCUUUUGAACACAGUUAUGGCACCUCUUCUCGUCCCAAUCAUAUACUGCUUGAGGAACAGACAAGUGCAAGAUGCUCUGAGGGCUGAACUGAGACACAGGAUCGGUUUUGCAAAAAAAUGAGAUGAUUUGCUAUCGAUAUGAUUGGUUCAGAUUUCAUGUCUUAGAACGCAUUGUUAAGCUAUAGCAUGUGCUGCCUUCAGAUGUCAUAAUCACCCACAGAGAUGCUCUUACAAGGGGACUUGAGAAUGGAUAGAGGAUGAGGUAAUCAGGGAUGGAAACAUGUGAUUGACAUCAAAGGCAGAAUCCCUGAAAAAUUGGUUGCAAGUGAAGAACAAUGGAAAAAGACAAUUGCCCACCUCUUCUCAUUGUCAAUUUACAACACACAUCUGGUUGCAAAACAUACAGCUCCCCUCUGCUAAUUGUUUCUUGUAUCUAAGUAUGUUUUAUUAGUAGGCCCUUUGUGCAGAUCAUAGGUAAUAUGAUACAAUAAGAGAUUUGGUUUUGGUUCAUGUAUGGAGUCAAUAUUGGUGAAUGUGGCUAUUCCUCUUGAAGUUUUAUCCCAUCUAGAAUAACGGAAGUGGGGAAUGGAGGUGUGUGAUUAUGGAAUAUCGUCAGGCAAUGGUCCUGAAUAAACCUGAAUAUAACAGAAAAUGCAUAGCGAACACAUGAAACGUGAAAUCCCGGGCUAGAGAAUGUAGAAAUUAAUGUUUGUAAGCUGCCCACAGUCACCUCAAUAUCAUAUGGGGAGCAAAUGGGUUUAAUAAAUAAAAUGAAUAAAACAAGUUC